UCACUGAAUAACAAAGAAAUAUCUUCCCGAUAUUUGUCAGUUUAAUUCUAAUGAUUCAGAACAUAGAGAACAGUUUAAACAAGUUCAAUCAUCAUUUACAAAUCAUUUUGAUUAUUUUGUUGGUACUAGUACUGGUGGACUUAUUGCUUUUUGUUUGGCUAUUAACUAUAUAUUGGCCAAAUAUGAUCCAGAUCGUAUACACAAUAAAAUUGAUGAAAUUACCGGUAAAAUUACAUCGAAAACUGGCAAGAAAUUACCAGCACAAAAUGCUAUUUUACUUGAAAUACGUUAUUUCUUAAAUCCUGAUGAAAUGAUUAAUGAUGACAGAUUAGCAUCACACAGUGGGCAUACAGCCAGACAUUAG